AUGAAAAGCACUCGUGAUACACAUAGAUUUUCUGCAACAACAUCACGUUUUCUUUUACCAACUUUUCGUCGUCCAUGUUAUUUAGACAUCAUCAAAACGAAUGUACCUAAAUCAUUAAAUAAAUCAAAUAUAUUUCAUAAAUGGACAGAAGAAGGACAAGCACCAUAUUAUACAAUAAUUAAUGAUGCUCUUCUAUCCGAUAAUUAUAAUAUUUUAAAUCAAAAUAUGAUUUAUAUCAAUAAUCUACGUGAAGCUAUUAAAGAAAAUCUUCAUCAAGACUCAAUUAAAGUUUAUCGUAAUCUUAAAUUCUGUUCAACUUAUGUAAAAGAUGAAUAUAAAGAAGGUAUGACAUUUCUUUGGCCAACAUUUUCUAGCACAUCACGUAAUAAAGAUGUAGCAUCAACAUUUGGUAAUUAUACAUUUGAAAUUAAUGCAUCAACAAAUGAUUUUACAUAUCGUACAGAUAUUAGUAUGUAUUCAAAAUAUUCAUAUGAACAAGAAGUUUUAUUUUAUCCGUAUAGUGGAUUUCGUGUAAAAAAAAUUAUUCCAGAUGCUCGAAUUAUACAAUUAGAAUGUGUGGAUACAAUUGAAGUGGAAUCAAACUCUCGAAUAUUAGUUCCUGAACAAGUGAAAAUUUUUGAUGCAGAAAGAAAAAUGUUUGUUUAUUUUUAUAAAGAUAAUGAAGAUUUACAUUGGUCUCAUGCUGAUACACCAGAUCAAAUGUAUUUAAUUGGACAAAAUAUGAAUGGAUAUUGGGAUUCACAUUAUCGUUAUCAUCAUAGCAAUGGUUAUUUUGUUCAUAAGGGAAAUAAUCUGUGGGAAGAAUAUCAAAAUGAACAAUUUCAUGCUUCAUUUCAGCAGAUUUAA